AAAAAAAUGCAGUAGUUUUAGUUUGUCAAAUAAUGUGUGUUAGGCUUUAAAUUGAUCCGUUGUGCCAUGUAAAGCAUGCAAUUUACAAAACCUAAACAGUGAUCACUAUUAUGAUUGAAUCAAUUAACUUUUUUUUUUUAGAAGACUUCUAAGGUAUACAUAGAGGAAAUAUUAAACUCAAAGAGCACCUGCAUGAACAUGUGCACUGGUUAUGGUGUCAGUAAGAGUUCACAACUAGCAGGGACCACAUUUUAUGACUUCAGUUAGCAUACCCGUUGAAGAUAAUGCUCUUAGCACUUACCUGAGUGACAUACUGGGUGGUUUAGUCGCAAUACUGGCACCUUAUAGGCCUGAAUAUCACACAGUGGCCUCACACAAACAUGUGCAGGCUUAUUUUAUGCAGUUAGUCCUGGGCAUGCAUAGUUAUACCUGUUGUAGCUUAUGUUGCAAUAAUGACCAUUCACUGUCUUAUCAUGCAGUUUCAACAGCCAUGGCCAUAAAAAAGUGAGUCAAGCUAAUAUAUUACAGGUUUCAGGGGUGGCCCAUUUUUACAUAUGGCCAUAAAAUCGGUCAGUCCAAAUAAAUAUUGACACAAUGUUUUUUUGGGGAAAAAAGCCUUCAUGAUUGUAAUGUUGUUGCCCCCCCUUACAGGUUGCAACAGCCAUACUGUCUUCAACAGGAAGAAGGGGAACAGGAGCAGCCACUGGUUGGGUGUGUGUGCUAAGGCUUCAGGAGUGCUGGAGGUGAGCGGCCAUGUUGGAGGAGAGGUCUCCAUCCUCUGUUCUGGCACCACCACCAACAGCUCUGAACUCUCCAACAUGUACUUCUGCAAAGGAGACUGCGCCAGAGAAAACAUCCUGAUUCAAACUGAGAAGAAGAGUUUGGCUAUCACGCGACGAGGAAGAUACAGCAUGGAGGUCAGCAGAGGGGAUGGAGCCUUCAACGUGACCAUAAAGAUGCUGGAGAGGGCCGACACAGGGACAUAUCAAUGCAGACUGGAGGAAACGUAUAGAGUGUUGCACCAGGAGGUCAAUCUCAAAGUCGAAGAUGCCUCCACUGUUCCGGUCGGAUCCCCUCCCUCCACCACCACCCCCUCUCUGCAGACUGAAGCACAAGCUCUGCCCCUACGCAGCUCUGCAUCCAGCACUGAAGCAUCAACGCUGCCGACUACAGAGACAAACCAGCCAGCAGCCACCAAACUAAAAGACACCACAGUGGUCAUCAUUGUUUCGGUGACCCUGGCACUUCUGGUUUGUGCCAUUAUACCUCUUAUAUUCUACGGACACUGCAGGAAUAAUGCGGAAGGUCUAAACAAGAGUGAGUCUGAUUACUGCGAGGAAAAUACGGAUGGUGCUUCUACUCACUCUGCAGUGAGGAUGCAGGCUCUGCAAGCAGGUGCUGAUCCAGAGUCUAGUAUUCCCGACGCCUCGCAGUACGCUGCUGUCUAUCAGGCACUGGAUCCGAAGACUGUGGACUGAGCAGGAUUUAUUCCUUUGAGCUGACAGCUAAACUCAACCUCUUCUCUGUAUGUUACAUUAAAUAAAGGACAAGUGUUUAACUAUAUUUCUGUACUAUAUGUUUGACUUUCUAUGUGUCAUUUUGUAAAUGUGUGAGUAAAUGUGUCAGUUAAACUGGGUUCAGUUAAAGUAUAUCUAAUCUGAUCCAAUUUCUUGCACUGACAAUCAUUAUGUAUCAUUAGCACUUGAAAUAUUUUAGCUCUAUGAAACCUGAUGUACUUAUAUGACUCUGUUUUCUUCAAGUUUGUAUCUUGUUGGUCGAAUGCACUUAUUGUAAGUCGCUUUGGAUAAAAGCGUCAGCUAAAUGCAAUGUAAUGUAAAGUAAUGUUCUUGUGGGGGAUUGCAAUGGCCCUUCCCACACUUCCUUCCCUUUACUUCCGGUCCCCUUGCUCGGGCAACACCUAUCUUGAAACCCAGCCUUCGCCUUUAUCUCAUCUACAUACCUGCAAAGUCACACCCAAUCAAGCCAGGGAAGUAACAUGGCGUUGUGGCCCCCUUCCUCCCCUUGCUCGAAACAUGCCUAUCUUCGUACUUGACCUUCAGUUUGAUCUCCGCUAUAUGUGUGUAAAGUUUUCGUCCUGCAUGUUGUUUCAUGGCCACAAAAAUAUCUCUGCAGACAAACAAAGAAAUACAGACACCUGGAAAGUUA